AACGCAGUCCCCCACCUCGCCGCUCUUUGGCCCUCUUCCGCCCUUUGCAUUCACACUACCUUCUUUUUGAAGUCACUCUUUCGAGGUUCAGACAAUGCUCUUCUCACUUUCACACAUUGUCGCCGCCGUCUCCGCCCUGGCGUACGCGGGCGCUGCUCUUGCCGCCCCAGUUCCAGUAUGCUCCAUCGGUGUGAGGACUGGCGGCUCCUCCAACUCGACUUCAAGCUCGGGUUCCGGUUCCUCCUCGGCACCUCAUUUCGUGGUUUACAGUGAUGCAUGGGUUUCUGGCGAGAAUGGUCCGCCUGAUGUUUCUGAGAUCAAUGGCUAUAACGUCUUCGCUCUCUCUUUCCUCCUUGCUUCAGGCUCCGUUGACCAGGCACAAGAAUGGGAAUCUUUGGACGCCGCUACGCGCCAAAGCAUCAAGUCCUCAUACAACGCCGCCGGUGUCAAGCUCAUCGUCUCCGCCUUUGGCUCCACCGAGACGCCGACCUCCUCCGGCGACGAUCCCGUCGACACCGCGAACACCAUGGCGGCGUGGAUCAAGCAGUAUGACUUGGACGGUAUUGAUAUCGACUACGAGGACUUCACGGCCAUCAACGAGGGCAACGGUGCCGUCGACUGGCUCGUCAAGUUCACGCAGCAGCUCCGCAACCAGCUCCCCGCGGGCCAGUAUAUCAUCACGCAUGCCCCCGUCGCGCCGUGGUUCUCGAACAACGCGCAGUUCAAGGGCGGCGCGUACCUCCAGGUCGACCAGCAGGUCGGCGACUUGAUCGACUGGUACAACGUCCAGUUCUACAACCAGGGCGUCACCGAGUACACCGACUGCACGGGCCUGCUCACGCAGUCCUCGACCACCUGGCCCGGCACGUCCCUCUUCGAGAUCGCCGCGGCGGGCGUGUCCCUCGACAAGCUCGUCAUCGGCAAGCCCGCGGUCGCCGCCGACGCCACCAACGGCUUCAUGGACGCGUCCACGCUCGCGUCUUGCGUCUCGCAGGCCCAGGCCAAGGGCUGGGACGCGGGUGUCAUGGUCUGGGAGUUCCCCAGCGCAAGCACCUCCUGGAUCUCGACCGUCCGCGGCUCGACGUACCCCCUCAACUAGAUGCCCCCUCCCCCCCUCACGACUACAAGCUGUCAUGCUUCACGGCUUCAUGCUUUCGGGCUUUCAAGCUGCCAAGCUUCCACCGCUUUCCAUCCUCGGGCGCGCGGCCGAGCGCCGCCGCGCCUCCUCUUCCCAUUCUUUUUUGUGCUUUCUAACUUGCGUUCUAUUGUUAUUCGGUCUUUGCGUGUUUAUCCGUCCGUUAUUUGUCUGCUCACGCUCUCUCUCACGCUCCCUCACGCCGCGCUGUGACGCGCACUCACUGACCCCUGUAUUCUUGCCCGUGGUGUAGCAUACAGCCCCCGCCGGCAUCCGAGCGAUCCGGCACGCAUCGCCAGCGAUGUAUGUACGCACGUCUGUUUGUAUUGGAGAUACAUACACACGCUCGCAGCAUGUAUUCGAUAUACAGCGCAUGUUGAACAUGAUGACCCGUUGACACAGUUU